AGCGUCAAUGAAUUAAUUAGUUUUAGAAAUGCAUGGCAGGCCCGAACAAAGUGCACUUGCAGGCCUCUAUGUAAGAUCUUUGUGUUGUAUCGUACCCACCAAUCCUCAAAAUGGACUGAAGUAUGUCUCAAAACACGUCCUCCUUGUUUGUUUUGACUCGUAGCGCCUGGAUAUGUUUGUCUCCGACUGGAAUUGAGAAUAAAUGUCUAAUUCUCUUCAAAAAGGUUUGUGUUUUAUAUUAAAUUUUGUCUGUGGGCUUAAGAUUUAGUCUUACCUGUUGAAGUGUUCAGUCACUUCAGUGUGUCGUAAAUACACUGUAAACUGGGGAUUUUAAUGUUUGGUCCAUUCACGGAUGAAUCAAUGUCUCAGUUAUAGAAUUAAGUAUUUAGCCUGUCUUAAAAAUGGUGUACACAUAUUGUCAUUAAAGCAGUCCUUUUUUGAUACUGUUUUUUUUUUACCUUAAAUUCUGCUUUCAGUUUAUUUUGUGUCAUUGCACUGCCAUCCAUUAGCUGUUGGCACACCCACUUUUCUAGGUCAUGAUGUCGAUAAGUUUUUUAAAAACACACAAAGGGUUGAACGUUUGUAUUCGGUCCUCUAUAUUAAAAGUAAUCAUGCAAGUGAACACAGACCUCUUAUGUGUAUAAAAGUUUAAAGGACUGAUAUUUCAUCCUUUCCUUCAUUCUCAUAGGCUCUUUAAGGUGCGUUCAGUCUUUCCUCCCUUAUCAGCAUCAUCAACAUUAUCGUCCUUCCAUUCCUGCGUUCGGAUCUUUCUGUUUGUCUGGAAAAACAGCUCCAUGUCUGCCUGCAGUGUGGAGUUGUGGCAGUCCGCUGCAGCCCUGGCCCGCUCCACAUCGCGGAUCCUGACCUCAGCCGCGCUCUGGCUGCGCCUCUGCCUCUCCAGACUGUCGCGAAGUGCCGCCACCUGCCGUUCGAGGGCAUCGUUGCAGCGCACCAGUCUGUGUGGCAAAAGAAUCAAAAGGUUCUUGUGAAUACUGCCAGCUUUCCUCCUUCAGUCGUUGACUCCUCCAGUUAAAGGGCCGCGUGGCAUCAGGCACUCACGUUCCACCUUGUGGGGAGGAAGAAGAGGAGCAAGAAGGAGUCAAAGCUGCAGGAAAGCAUUAAGAACAUCAGGCCAAGAGAACGCACAACAGAGAAACACUUAUUCUGCGUUCGUUGAAUUAAGGUGUCAAGUCUCGAUUCUUUAUUGGAGAAGCUGAGGCAAGGCUCAGCAGCCUAAGAACAGCACCAUGGGCAGGAAAGACCAGGACUUGGGUUUUUGGUUAGACAGCCAUAAGGCCAAAAGCGACUCAGUCCAUGAUAAGACAAGGAACACCAUAAGUGACGACCAACACAUCUCAGCAGGGACUCACCAUUCGUUCAAGUCCACUCACCUCAACGAUGAUGUUCCGAGUAGUCGAACAGAGAGCAGCCACGAGUCUGAUGAGGAGGCGGGCCACAUGCUCUACCACGACGGACUGGUGAUUAAGGAACGCUAUGAGGUGGUGUCAACACUUGGAGUUGGAGCAUUCGGGAAGGUGGUGGAGUGUAUUGACAGAGUCAAAGGUACACAUGUGGCGAUGAAGAUCGCCCGCAACAACAAAAGCUUCUGGCAGGCAGCCAAGUGUGAGGUUGCUGUUUUGGAGGAGAUCAACUCCUUGGAUGACGACAACAGAUUUGCCUGUGUGAGGAUGUUGGACUGGUUCGAGCACCAAGGUCAUGUGUGCCUGGUCUUGGAGCUGCUGGGUCUCAGUACCUAUGAGAUCCUGUGGCAAAACCACUUCCUACCGUUCAGCGUGGAACAGAUCCGACACAUGGCCUACCAAAUCUUCAGAGCUGUCAGUUUCCUUCACCGCAAUAAGCUGACUCACACCGAUCUAAAACCGGAAAACAUCCUAUUUGUUUGCUCUGACUACGACAUGGAGUUCAACAACGAUACGAAACUAGACGAGAUGAAGAUGAGGAGUCUGGAUGUAAAGGUGGUGGACUUCGGCACUGCCGUUUUCGAUCACGAGCACCAUGAAUCCGUGGUGUCAACACGGCACUAUCGAGCUCCGGAAAUCAUACUUGAUCUUGGCUGGAAUCAGUCCUGUGAUGUUUGGAGUUUGGCCUGCGUUCUCAUGGAGUACUACCUUGGACAGAUGCUAUUCCCGACCCAUGACAGUAAGGAACAUUUGGCCAUGAUGGAGAAAGUUCUGGGACCCAUCCCGUCAAAACUGCUGAAACAAACCAGAAAGCAGCAGUACGUCCUCAACGGGCGACUUGACUGGGACGAGCGUAGCUCCUCGGGAAAAUAUGUCCGAAAACACUGCAAGCCUCUCAAGAGUUUCCCGAGGCGCAGUGAGGAUGAGCGGCAGCUGUUUGAUCUUCUGGCUUGCAUGUUUGAUUACGACGUGGACCGGCGAAUCACCCUGGAAGAGGCGCUGUGGCACCCGUUUUUCCAACCCGCCAGAACGGCCAGACAUAAACAAAGCUAGCACACGUACACACACAUACCGGGAAUCUAAAAAAUAUACAGUGAGGAGCAGAAGUAUUUGUACCCCUUGUGAUUUUGCAAAUUCACCUA